AUGUUGCGUGCUACGCUUACAGAGCCUGUUCUUUCUUUGACCGUCGGGUUGUCUACUUCUCGUGAGAUUUGGGAGCAUCUUCGUAAAAAAAUUUCUCAACAAUCCAUUGCCAACUCUACCCAUACUCGUUUUCAGUUGCUGUCUCUUCAUAAAGGUACUAAAAUAAUUUCGGACUAUCUGGGUCUUGCCAAACACUUGGCAGAUCAAUUGGCUUCUAUUGGCCAACCUGUUCAGAAUGAUGAUUUGGUGACUUAUGUAAAUGGCUUGGGGCCUGAAUAUGAGAUUCUUGUCUUGGCGCUAACCAACUUCCCUUAUCUACCGACAUUCAACGAUUUACGUGCUCGUCUUCUGGUUUAUGAAUCCAAACAUGUUAUGUCUCAAGCUACUUUGGCUCCCUCCGCUUUCUACUCCGUACGUAAUUCUGGUAGUAAUCUCUCUCAGGGACGUGGUAAUCUGUCCUCCCGCCCUCAUGGCACUUCAAGUAGCAAUCGACUUCCUCGUACUUAUGGUGGUGGUCGUUCUACUAUGCAUGGUGGUGCUGGUCGCUAUGGUCAGCGUGCUACACAUCAACGCCCUGGUAUACUUGGACCCGGUCCUGCUACUCGUGGCCCUUAA